AGCAUGGAAGACGAAUCGUGGAUCUGGUACGGUUGGUGGUCAAACGUUCUCAUCCUCAAGAUGAUGACGUUCACGUGGUGUACUGGCAGGCUUCGAGUGAGCAGAAAGGUGAUCCAUAGUGAAGCGGACCGAAUAUUCGUCAAGGAACCGGAUGUCAUCCUUGAUCCAACGGGUGGCGGUCAUCCGGAUAUUGAUCGCAUAAGAGCAGCACAUCGCAGCGAUGUUGAGACUGUACUGCCAUUUUUGUUGGUGGCGUUAAUUUGGUUGGAAACUUCACCGUCAGUGGACUCAGUGAAAUUGGUUAUGCGCAGCUUCUCGUUGGCGAGAAUUUUCCACGGUUUAUUUUACAUGGACGUCAUUCCCGUGCAUCAGUUUGUCAAAGUAUUCACUUCACUCUUCAGCUACCUGGUUGCAGCUUACGUUGCUUUUUCGUGUGUUGUACAUUAUGCUUAAGAUGAAUAGUGACGAAAUUGUUGUGAACAGCAUAAAGACACUGUUUUAAAAUGUUUAAAAAAUGCGGUAAAAAUAUUUUCUAUUCAAUUAUUUACCAAUAAUUAUAUUUUACCUGGGAUUUUUAGUAGCAUGAGGAUUUUGUAAAAUAUUUAAUAUCGUAUUUGCAAUUGAUAUUAUAAGUAA